CGUCAGUGCAGCCCGAGGGGCGGGCAGGUGUCGCCUGCAGGUGUGCCUCGCAGGUGUCCCGACUGAACACCAGUUUCUGGGCCGUCGGGAGCACCGUUGAGCAUCAAGGAGCCUGGAGAUCUCUGAGGAUGGAGCUUCCUCGAGGUGUCUCUGGAGUCUUCAGAGCAGUGGGUAGCCAUAAAGCUAACACAAAUGUCUACCAAGAGAACCUGCUUGGCUAAUACUACUCCACUCAAGACUGCCAGUUCUAGAGGCCACAUCUGGCUCAUCAGCCCUCAAAGGGAGCCUGUUUCAAAGCCACCACCUUGGAAGCCUUAUCCUGUGGGAGGCAGAAUGGUGUCCCCGACAGGAACACUGUCUUCACUGCUGCUGCUGCUGGCUGCCAUCACAGGUGGCAGCUCUCAGCAGUGCAGUGACGGGAAGACUUACUCCAACUCCAUCAUUUCACCUAACCUGGAAACCAUUAGAAUCACGCGGGUAUCGCAGACCUUCUCCGUGGGAGACUGCACGGCCGCCUGCUGUGACCUGCCCAGCUGUGACCUGGCCUGGUGGUUUGAGGGCAGCUGCUAUCUGGUGAACUGCGUGCACCAGGAGAACUGCGAGCCCCGGGCCACAGGCGCCAUCCGGUCUCACCUCACUUUCGUGCGCAGACCUCUCCUGAGGUCCGAGCAGCAGCUGGACUACGGAGACAUGAUGCUAGGCAGGGGUUCUCCCUCGGGAGCUUGGGGAGACUCCCUUGAGGACCUCAGGAGGGACUUGCCCUUUCUAGGCAAGGAUGGAGGACCGGAAGAGACUGCGGAGUACCCCAAUGAAUACAAGGAACUGGAGCAGGGCCUCCUGCAACCCUCCAACCAACAGGACCCCAGAAGCAGCGAGGAGUACCCAGACUGGAGCCUGCUGCCCGGCAGCGAGGGAGGUUUUAAUGCGUCUGCUGCAGGAGACAGCUCAGCUGCUUCCACAGAGAAGCCGCAGGACCCCACGCCCCACCCAGUGGAGCAGGAGCAGCUGAGGGCCCUGAACGAGUCCACUUGGUCCUCUAGGCCCACUCACUCUGCAGAGAGCAGUGUGCGGCCCCCGCCCGCGACUGCCUUACCUGCAGGAGAGGGGCUGGAUGGAGAAGAGACUUUACAGCUCCGAGAACAACCGAGUAAUAGCUCUGGAAAAGAGGUCCUAAUGCCUUCCCAUAAUCCUUCCCCCGCCAGCCUGGAGUCCAGUUCAACCACAGUGGAGAAAAGCUCCAUUCUUGCAGUCACUCCAUGGAGCACAGAACACAGCACGCCAACAUUUCCCACCAGCACAGUUCUCCCUGGGAUGACGCCACCUACAUGGCCGGUGUCACCUACUACUUCCAGGACAGUAAAGACGCUUGCUGUAACUGCCGGAGAUAACCUAGUAAUAACCUUACCGGACAGUGAAGCAGAUCUGAAGGCUUCUGUUGAGCCUGCGCCUCCUGCAGGCACAUCUUACAGCUAUGAAUGGCAUUUAAUGAGCCACCCUGUAGACUUCCGAGGUCAAAUCAAACAAGAGAACAAACCAACUCUUCACCUCUCUCAACUGUCUGUGGGACUCUAUGCCUUCAGAGUGGCUGUUUCUAGUGGGGAUGCAUUUGGAGAAGCAGACGUCAAUGUCACUGUUAUGCCAGCCACUCGAGUCAACCAGCCACCCAUAGCUGUUGUUUCUCCCCGGACUCAAGAGCUCACCGUGCCUUUGACCUCAGCGCUGAUUGAUGGCAGCCAAAGUACAGAUGACACUAAAAUAGUGAGGUACCACUGGGAAAAAGUCGAUGGGCCCUUCCUAGGAGACAUGAUUCUGGCUGAUGCCCCGCUCUUACGACUGUCGAAUCUAGAGCCCGGUAACUACACUUUUAGGUUGACCAUCACAGACUCGGAUGGCGUGAUCAACUCCACCACUGCAACCCUCAUCAUCCGUGGUCCUGUGGACUAUCCACCUGUUGCCAGUGCAGGACCAAAUCAGACCAUAACCUUACCCCAAAACACCAUCACUCUGAAUGGAAACCAGAGCAGUGAUGAUCACCAGAUUGUCCUCUAUGAGUGGUCCCCAGGCCCUGGCGGUGAGAGCAAAGAGAUGGUCAUGCAGGGAGCGCAGACCCCGUACCUUCACUUGUCUGAGCUGCAGGAAGGAGAGUACACGUUUCGGCUGACGGUGACGGAUUCCUCAGGACAGCAGUCCACUGCUUUGGUCGCCGUGACUGUCCAGGCUGAAAGCAACCAGGCUCCUGUGGCGGUGGUGGGCCCCAAUCAGGAGCUGCUCUUCCCUGUGCAGAGUACUACGCUGGACGGGAGCAGGAGCAGUGAUGACCACGGCAUUGUCUGCUACCACUGGGAGCACCUCAGAGGCCCCAGCCCAGUGGAGAUGGAGAACGUGGACAAAGCCAUAGCCACUGUCACCGGGCUUCAGGUGGGUACCCACCACUUCCGAUUAACCGUGAGAGACCAGCAGGGCCUGAGCAGCGCAUCCACCCUCACUGUGGCUGUGAAGAAGGAAAAUAAUAGCCCUCCCAGAGCCCGGGCUGGUGGCAGACAUGUUCUUAGACUUCCCAAUAAUUCCAUUACUUUGGAUGGUUCAAGGUCUACCGAUGACCGAGGCAUUGUGUCCUAUCUGUGGAUCCGGGAUGGCCAGAGUCCAGCCGCUGGAGACGUCGUUGGAGGCUCUGAGAGCAGGGCGGCUCUGCAGCUCACCAAUCUGGUGGAGGGAGUUUAUUCUUUCCACUUGCAAGUCACCGACAGUCAGGGGGCCUCGGACUCAGACACAGCCACGGUGGAGGUGCUGCCAGACCCCAAGAAGGAUGGCCUAGUGGAACUGAUCCUGCAGGUUGGUGUUGAGCAGCUGACGGAGCAGCAGAAGGAAACCUUAGUGAGGCAGCUGGCUGCACUUCUCAAUGUGCUAGACUCAGACGUGAAGGUGUUGAAGAUCCAGGCUCACACGGAUGUCAGCACUGUGAUUGUGUUUUACGUACAGAGUGGGCCACCUUUCAAGGUUCUCAGAGCUGUUGACGUGGCCCGGAGUCUGCACAAGCGGCUUUCAAAGGAGAAGGCAGCCUUCCUGCUCUUCAAGGUCUUGAGGAUAGACACAGCAGGAUGCCUUCUCAAAUGCUCAGGUCAUGGUCACUGCGACCCCAUCACAAAGCACUGCGUUUGCUCCCAGCUGUGGAUGGAGAACGUCAUCCAGCGUUAUAUGUGGGAUGGCGAGAGCAACUGUGAAUGGAGUGUAUUCUACGUGGCAGUGCUGGCACUGACCCUGACGGUGCUAACUGGAGCUGUGAUUUGGCUGUGCCUCUGCUGCUGCCGGAGACAGAAAAGGACUAAGAUACGAAAAAAAACAAAGUACACCAUCCUAGACAAUAUGGAUGAACAGGAAAGAAUGGAACUGAGGCCCAAAUACGGUAUCAAGCAUCGGAGCACGGAGCACAACUCCAGCCUGAUGGUGUCAGAGUCGGAGUUUGAAAGCGACCAGGACACACUGUUCAGCCGAGAGAGGAUGGAGAGGGGGCUCCUCAAGGGUUCCCUGAAUGGCUCUGCCAGAAACGGGGCUUCCUCUCGUUAUUUCUCCAAGGACAGAUAAUGGGCUGCUCUGGAGGGACCCCAUGUGCCUGUGGCUCCGUACCAGACAGUGCGAGUUAAAACAAAGCUGGCUCUUGCUUGGCACAGUGUAUCAUCAGUCAUGCCCAGGGGCCUUGCUCUGUGCUCUGCAUAUUGAUUAAAAGACCCGGGUUCUUGGAACUUUCCAGAUACACACACACACACACACACACACACACACACACACACACACAACUGCUUAUUCAACUGAAGCUCAUUAAUUGAGAAAAGGGGCGCAUGAAACUUCUGUGGCGUGUACUGAAAGUUCUGCCGUGUCCCUGUAGUGGACAUUUCAUUAUAUUAUUGCCCACGAUGAAAUUAGUGUAACACCUGUGUAUAGCCCCUUAGGAAAGACAGGUUAAGCAGGGUUGCUUUCUCCACAGAAGCCGUGACUGCUUUUAAGAACCUUUCAGAAGCGGUUUCUCAGAGGACCUGGAGGGUCAGCUCGAAGUUCAUCUAAGAGGCAGGGGCCCUCUGUGUGCAGCUUCCUGUGCUGACCAUGAUGGCUGGGGUGCAGCCAGCUGGUGUCUAGGCUAGAGGUCCAGGAGCUGAGAAAGAACCUAAGGGCCAAAGGCAGUAGAGAUGGGGAAGGAGGAUAGGGACUUGCAGGUUAAAUGUUGGAGGCAGCCUUUAACAUUCUUCUCAUUGUCUCAGAAAAAGAAACCACCAUGGGGCCUCUCUCAGCCCUGAGGAACAUUAAAACUGACUGCUUAUUCCCUUAACUUUUAUUGAGUGUGUACUGUAGCACUGCCAUGGAAAAGGGGAGAGGACUCAGUGAUCACGGACACGUCCCAAAACUGAAAUAUGUUCUUAACGAGGGGAGUGUGGUCACCAUGCUCUGAGCUCCUACCAAGACUCUCCACAGAAAUAGGUAGAUAGAACAUUCACUAUUUAUGCUUAAAAACAUAUUUAAGGGUCUGGAGAAAUGGCUGUAUAGAAGACUACUCACUGCUCUUGCAGAGGUCUAUGGUUCAGUUCUGAGCACCCACAGGGUGGCUUACAACUGUCCAUCACUCCACUUUCAGGGGUCCUGUACCCGUUUCUGCCUCCAGCACCAGAAGGCAUGUACAGAGUUUAUACACGUAGGCAAAAUAUUCAUGCACAUUAAAAAAUCAUUAAAACAUAUUAUUUAAAGAACGAAAUCUUAUUUCAGUUCUUUUCAAAGUGUCACCCCAGAGCAGUAAGCAGAGCUCAUUGCAGCCUGAGAUUUUGGUAGCUUCUGGUAGGUGCCCGGCUCCCCGUGGACCCAAGGAUGGUGGCCUUGGCAUGCAAAGAGUAGAAGAGAACAGUACUGUUGUCCUAGCACUUGGGAAACGAGAGCAAGGAGGGACAGAAAUUCAAUGCUAGCCUUGGCUAUACAGCAACUUUGAGGGCAGCCUGGACGAUAUGACAUCCUAUAUUAAAGAAUGAAAAAAAAAAUGUAGGGGAAGUAGAACCACACCUUAAAUUUUAGUGUUUGUUUCUACAUUUUUCUGUUUCUGAGCUAUAAGUAACAGAAAGCUCAAAAAAGAUGAAACCAUAGUAAGAGGGUCCACUGUAUUAUACUUUACUGGGGGAAUGGUCAAAGUAUAAUAGGAAUGUACUUUUACUUAAAGUGGUUUGUUUAUGCCUAUAUAUCCUAGUUCAAUAUUAUCUAUUACAUUAAAGGAAAGUGAUUUUUUAAUACUAAUUUAGCUUCAUAAACAGAAUCUUCUCUACCCACAGCCCAGGGUGAUGCUAUUUUGUAGGUAAUUGAACUUUUCUGGUAUAGAGAACCCACGUUAGAACACUGGAGCAUGAUAGUGAAGCCUUCCAACACCUACUUCGUCAUGUGCAUGACGUUCGCAUGGUGAAUGGCCGACCUUUACAAUCAAUCUUGAAAGAAAACCUUCCUGUGUCAUAGACGCCCACUGAAGGUCCAUGGAACAUAAGUGAUUUUCUCAAGGUCACACAGUCCGUGGUGGAUCUGGGAAUGGAGUGCCAAGACCUAUUAUCCAAUGCAUGAAGAAGUCCAGCCUUAAAUGUUGAAAGGCAAAUCCUGGUGAACCUUCCAGACCCCUGAGAGUUCUGUUGCUAGGAGAAAGAGGAAACCUUGGUGUGUGUCUGAAAGCAAAAGACAAAGCGGGAGAUGGCGGACCUAGCGUCUUCCACUGGAGCAAGCUCUGAGUCACCCCUCCCUCUAGGUUUGCAAUGUGUUUGCUGGCCCUGGCCCUGGCUGUCUCAGCCUGGUCUCUCUGAUCCAUCCAUCACAAAAGAACCUUGAAUCCAUAGUGAAUCGGAAAUAAACAUCACAAUGGUUUCUGUUCCGUAGAUUCUAUUUUGUGACCCGCUCAUUCCCUGGAGACCAAACGGGGUAGGCUAGCCCCUCAUCAUUCAUCAUUUGCUGUUUAUAACUAGGGACCUGGGACCCGAAGACUCAGAGAAACAAGCCUCCAGCGCAGUGGUUCUCAACCUUCCUAAUGCUGUGGCCCUUUAACACAGUUCCUCAUGUUGUGGUGACCCCCAACCAUAAAAUGAUUCCAUUGCUUCUUCAAACUGUAAUUUUGCUACUGUUAUGAAUUGUAAUGCAAAUAUCUGAUUUGCCACUCCUGUGGUAGUCACAGAUUGAGGAACUGCUGUAAAGUAUGGGAUAGAGCAUUUAUAGAGCUCCUAAAGGCUAAGAGCUCAACUAGUUACUGCUUUAGACAAAGAUUUGGCAAAGGCCAGCGUUCCCCACCUGUUUAAAACACCCUAAGGACAGACAGCGACGGGCAGCCAUCACUUGCGAUUCUAGCACAGACCUGUUUCAAGCAAGCAAACAUACAUCCAGUGAAGUAAGAAAAUGGUAGCAUAGCUCAGUGGGUAAAGACACCUGCAGCCAGGCCUGAAAUCCUGAGUUUGCUCCCCAGGACCCUCUUGGUAGAAGGAGAGAACCGCUGCCCCACACAAGAACCUCUGUCCUCCACACACAAUAUUUGGCAGUGUAUGUAAUGUUCGCCCUUGUGUUCACACAUGAAUAUACAAGUGCGUGCACACACACACACACACGUGAGCAAGCUAUCAUAGAUUCUGAAUCUUGAUUUUAUUCUUUUCAGUGUAUUGUUUCCCACGUGUUUCAACCAGAUGUCGAUUCUCAUGUAACACUAUUAAACGCCUAUGCUGAU